AUGACUGCUAUGGCAAUUCGCUUCUCAGAUGACCCAUUCUUUGAAGGUAGACGGGUAGAAGCUGCGGAAGUAUAUGCGCGAACAGCAUGGAAUGAAAUCUUCGAUCAGUCUUUCUCCGAGGACUACCUACUAGACGUGCACAUUGUGCAAGCUACCAACAUGUUGGCUGUUGUUGACUUUACUGCCAGCCGACAGAAGCUGGCUUGGGUUAAGAUCGGUCUGGCAGUUCGCUUUGCCCAGAGUCUCCAGUUGAACAAAGAGCCCCCAAGUCAAAUGACUCUCGAAGAGCAAGAUGAGCGACGGAAGUCAUUUUGGUCAGUCUACCUGCUGGACAGGCUCGUGUCCUGCGGCACAAAUAGGCCACCAACGCUUGCCGACACUGACUGUACCGUUCUCCUACCAUCUUCAGCUGUGACGUACCGUGAAAGUGGGUUUCUACCAGACUUGAGGGCUCUCAAUGAUCUGUCAUGGAAUGGAAGCACAGAGAACCUGGAUUGCUUUGCGCAAACUAUUCUCAUGGCCUCCGCACUGGGGCGAGUGGAGAGACAUACAUUGCAACAUCAAGCCGGCAUCGACCGUUUUCCGCCGUGGGACUCUCGGAGUGACUUUGCUGCAAUCUACAGUACUUUGCUCAACUUCGAGGCACAUUCAGAUAUCACAAGGGUUUCAUUCUCGACCACAAUUCGGCGACAUGUAAAGCAAAAUGGGACAUUGGAUCACCAAUCCGCAGGUCACUUCGUCUUCUCCAAUAUCCUUUAUCACAUGAAUCAGUGUCUGCUUCAUCAUCCGUUCCUCCUGAGAAAACGGCUGGAGCCUAGGAAAUCAAGAAUAUCCCCUAGCUUCCUUCGUGAAGCACUCCGGCGAAGCCGUGAGCAUGCCUACCAGUUAACGGUCUCUCUACGGAUUGUGCAAAAGCAGGGUCUUACUUUGAGUAGCUUUUAUGCUUAUGCUACGAUGGUUGCUGGGACAAUCCACCAAUUAUUUGUACACCAUUGUGAUGAAUGGCUUCGAAAAUCCGCACAGCAAAUGUUGGAAUACUCCUUGGAGUUUCUCGACAAAGGCCAAGGGACUUGGGAUCAUUAUCCCCGUGUGGCCACUGCACUGCGAACCUUCAACCCGGAUCCAACGUCAGCAAGAGCAUUGGUGACUAUUAACUCCUCACAAAUCGAUGAUCCAAGCCUCGAUAUCAUAUGGAGUCUACUUGAUUACGGAUGGCUGUCUGACCAGGCGAGACCAUCAACCCUUGAAGCCACGACUCUGGGUGAUUUGAGUCAAACAGAUACGGGAGACGCGGGAAUUGAUGUUGGUCUAAUGGCUCAAACAUAUGACCUCGUUGGCGAUUUCGAUAUUGAUCCAUCGAUAGCGACACAAGACCAGAUAUCACUGGACUACCUAGCCUUUACCGAAAAUUCUGGAGACGCGUGGCCUGUGGUUGAGGAUAAUAUCAAUUUCUCGAAUGAGGUCAUUCUACCGUCCCCGUGGACGCCUCAUUUUGUUGAUUAG